UGCGCGAAACAAUUAUCCACCACAACAGAACAUACCAGCGCAUCGCCAUAGAUCGCAAGAUAUACUUUGUGCCAGUCGAUGAGGUCUGCAGCCCCUAAUACCCCUUUUCAGGCACGGUUUGAAAUCUAACAUCGACAACUCUUGUAGGAUGAGACUAUUCGUCUGCGAAUUCAGCAUGAUGUCUUGACCAUGAUGUUCGACGGAAGGUCCAUCUUUCCGCCCAUGGGAGCAUUAAGACGAGUGCUCGACUGCGGUUUCGGUACGGGCCUAUGGGCUUUUCAGGUAGCUUGGGAGAACCCUAGGUGCGAGGUUAAUGGCAUCGACGUGAGCCCCCACCACUAUAACCCCGAGGAGAGUGUUGAGAACCUUUACCUUAAUGUCGACAACCUUAACAUGCCGCUUCAAUUCCCUCCCAAUAAUUUCGAUCUCGUGAACAGUAGGCUGGUAGCUGGAGGCAUCGACCGAAAUCGAUGGCAUGGAUACAUGCGCGAUAUCCUACGGUGUCUUCGCGGAGGCGGGUGGUGCCAGAUGGUUGAGAUGGACUUCAACGCACAAUCCGACAAUGGCACAUUGACAGAUGCGCACGCCCUUCGUCAAUGGUCAGAUAAAUACCGAGCAGCGACGGCACAAUUCAAGAAUCCGGACGCGCCACGGCGUCUUGGGCAUUGGAUGAGACACGCUGGUUUUACCGAUGUCGAGGAACGAAUGAUUCCCCUUCCAAUGUGCGGCUGGUCUGAUAGUCAGAGAGAAUUCGAUAUUGGUGUAGCCAACCAAGAAAAUGUUCGCUUGAUGCUAGGGUCCUUAGCUCUGUACCCAUUUACAGAAUUACUUGGCAUGACGAUUACGGAAUUCCACGUCCUGGUAGCCCAAGCGAGAGCAGAAGCGAGUACACCCGCACUCAAGCCAUAUUUCCGAGUGUAUGUGUGCGUCGGUAGAAAGCCAAGGCGCUGAGAUGAUCGGGCGACUAUUUUUGAUGGAGUUUGGCGGAGGGGAACCUUGCCGGGUUGGAGAAAAGGCACAGGACGCUGCACAGAUAGACAUAGAUCAAGUUGAUCGGUUCAUGAUCGUGUCGCUUGAUGGUUCGGUUGUCCCUGUGGGUGGAGAGGGAUGAAUCCUGUGUAGGGAAGGGUUUAGGCGUGGUGGUAAGGCAGUUCAGGCGUUGUCCAUGUCCCUACCAACGGGAACCGGGCUUUCGCACUUUAUACGUUAAGCAAUCUGAAGAUAGGGUCAUAAGGUCAUAGGAGCAUG